AUGGAUAAAGUAUUACGUCCUGAACGCUUAGAAACAGAUCCUAACAGUAGCACGGCGGCAACUGAAUGGCAGCAUUGGAAACGAACAUUUGAAAAUUUCCUAUCGGUGUUGCCAAGGGAAAGAUUGGAUAAAUUCGGUGUGUUAACGAACUUUGUAUCACCUACAGUCUUUCAGUACAUCGAGGAUAGUGAAGAUUACACUGCAGCUAUCGCAAUUUUGGAAGCCUUGUUUGUCAAACCAACCAAUGAAAUUUACGCUCGACAUUUACUUGCCACAAGAUGUCAAAGGACAAAUGAGACACUUGACGAGUACUUACAAGUGCUGAAGACCCUUAGUAAAGACUGUAACUUUAAAAAUGCUACAGCCCUUCAGUACCGCGACGAAAGUAUUCGAGAUGCAUUUAUAACAGGGCUUCUGUCUAAUUCGAUUCGUCAAAGAUUGUUAGAAAAUAAAACGUUGGAUCUCAAGACAAUGUUUGACCAAGCUCGAUCCCUCGAGUCAGCUAUGAAAAGUUCCGAAUCUUAUACGGACUCUCAAGCGAGUUUCAAUGCUGCAGUUCCUUCGUCACCACCCGCUACACCUCCUUUGGACAAUCAAGAUCCAAGUUCUUUGGCAGUUUUGCCAACCGAAGGUGCAUUUUGUUUCUUUUGUGGAAAUAAUAGACAUCCUCGAUCCAAAUGUCCAGCUAGAGAUGCCAUUUGCAUGAAGUUCCAAAAGAAGGGACAUUUCGCGAAAGUCUGUCGGGGAAAAGCAGCUGUCAAGCCCGUCAGCUUAAAUUCAGCAGCCGUUUGGUUCCCAACAUUGGCUACAGUAACUCCUCCAGUGAACCCAGCAUCUCUGUCAAAAUCGUCAGCAAUGGUAUUUCUCAAUGGGUUCAAAGUUAAAGCACUCUUCGAUAGCGGAAGCAGCGAAAGUUUCAUUCAUCCUAGCCUGGUUGAGACGGCUUCCCUCUUUGUUCACCCAUCCUCCGGGACAGUAUCCUUGGCUACUUCCGACAAUGUUACUAAAGUUGCUGGGUACUGUUUGACUAAUCUUACCUAUCAAGACCAUACAUAUGAAAACCUUCGUCUAAGAGUGUUGCCAGGAUUGUGCACAGACCUGAUAUUGGGUCUCGACUUCCAAUCAAAGCAUAAGAAUGUCAUCUUCAACUAUGGUGGACCCGAGCCACCUUUGGUUGUGUGCGGUUUCAGUACGUUGAACAUGGAGCCACCAGAACCCUUUGCAAAUUUGACUCCUGAUUGCCACCCUAUUGCCACCAAAUCUCGACGGUACAGCCAAGAAGAUUUGUUGUUCAUCGACGGUGAAGUGGAAAGGCUUCUCAAGGAGGGCAUCAUCGAGCCAAGUAAGUCCCCUUGGCGAGCACAGGUGGUGGUUACGAAAGACGAGAACCACAAAAAGAGAAUGGCUAUAGACUAUUCGCAAACAAUCAACAAAUUUACGCUCCUGGACGCUUUUCCAUUACCACGAAUUGAUGAGUUAGUCAAUCAAAUUGCCCAGUAUAGAGUCUUCAGUACAAUUGAUCUACGCAGUGCAUACCAUCAAGUUCCCCUCAAAAAUGAUGACAAACCUUACACAGCAUUUGAAGCUCGGGGUUGUCUUUAUCAGUUUACACGUCUUCCUUUUUGGAGUCACAAACGGUGUUGCCUGUUUUCAACGAGAAAUGGUAAGAUUCGUACAGGAAGAGGAUCUUAAGGCAACAUUCCCAUAUCUUGAUAAUAUCACAAUCUGUGGGAAAGAUCAACAGGAUCAUGAUGUGAACUUGAAAUGUUUCCUGGACGCCGCAGAGCGCAAGAACAUCACCUACAACGAUGACAAAAGUGUGUUCUCGACCAAACGCCUCCCUAUUCUAGGGUAUGAAGUAGAAGAAGGCGAAAUUCGUCCGGAUCCAGAGCGUCUUCGACCUCUACGAGAACUUCCUAUACCACAUGACUCAAAAUCCAUGAGCAGGUGCUUGGGAUUAUUUUCUUAUUAUGCGAGAUGGAUCCCAGCGUUUUCAGAUAAAGUAAAGCCUCUUUCCAGCUGCAAGACCUUCCCGCUAUCCCAGCAAGCUGUUGAUGCGUUCGAAAGCCUGAAGAAAUCAAUAGAGAAAGCUGUUGUUACUGCUGUUGACGAAAGUAUUCCGUUUGAUGUUGAGACAAACGCCUCGGAUGUGGCUUUAGCAGCCACACUCAACCAAAAUGGUAGACCUGUGGCCUUCUUCUCACGAACACUCCAAGGCAGCGAGUUGAAACACGCAGCUGUCGAGAAAGAAGCUCAAGCCAUUAUCGAAGCAGUGCGCCAUUGGAGACAUUUUCUAACAGGGAGACAUUUCACUCUCAAAACUGACCAAAAGUCGGUUUCGUAUAUGUUCGACGUCCAACAUAAAGGAAAAAUUAAAAAUGACAAGAUAAUGCGUUGGAAACUAGAGUUGGCUUGCUACAGUUUUGAUAUCGUUUAUCGUCCUGGGAAGUCGAAUGUUGCACCUGAUACGUUAUCUCGCGCUACUUGUGCUACAACGUCCGAGUCACUCUACAACCUUCAUGAAUCACUUUGCCACCCGGGUGUUACAAGAUUAUACCAUUUUGUCCGAUCAAAGAAUCUCCCUUAUUCUCUCGAGGAGAUAAGAAGGAUUACAAGAGCAUGCAAAGUAUGCAACGAAUGCAAGCCUCAGUUCCAUCGCCCGGAACAAGUUCAUCUCAUCAAAGCUACGAAACCGUUUGAAAGGCUCAAUGUGGAUUUUAAAGGCCCGCUGCCAACGACUGAUAAGAAUCGGUAUUUCCUCAAUGUGGUCGACAAAUUUUCACGAUUUCCAUUCGUGUUUCCAUGCCCUGAUAUGACAACAACCACUGUGAUCAAGUGUCUCACUACGCUCUUUUCUCUUUUUGGUAUGCCAGCUUAUAUUCAUUCUGAUCGAGGGGCAACAUUUAUGAGCGAAGAACUGCGAACCUUUCUUAUCGGAAAAGGAGUAGCCACAAGUCGUACAACUAGUUACAAUCCCGAAGGAAAUGGUCAGGUAGAGCGGUACAAUGGCAUAAUCUGGAAAGCAAUCGUCACCUGCCUUAAAUCGAAGAAUCUUUCAGUAAAAUAUUGGCAAGAAGUUCUCGCGGACGCUCUACAUUCGGUGCGCUCACUUUUAUGUACAGCGACAAACGAGACACCCCAUGAACGUUUCUUUAGUUUCUCCCGAAGAUCAACCGUUGGAAGCUCUAUACCUUCAUGGUUAUUACAGCCUGGACCUGUUCUCAUUAAACGUCAAGUCCGAUCAAGCAAACAUGAUCCGCUCGUAGACGAAGAAGAACUGCUUCAAGCUAAUCCUCAUUACGCUCACGUGCGCUAUCCAGAUGGCAGAGAAACGACCGUAGCUAUUAAGCACCUUGCACCUCGUGACCAGGAAAUGACCUGUCAACCAUCGGUGGCACGAAACGACAACAACUCAAUCUCGAAUACUGAGGUAACGGGCAGUCCUGCUGACGAUACAACUGAUGAGCCACGAGAUUUCGGAAGAUCAAACGGAGAACAAGGUGACUCAACCCAAAACGAACAAUCCUCUUCGAUAGAGAAACCAGGAAUUAGUCAUUCGGUAGAAGAACAUAAUGCAGACUUUUCCUUAAGACGGUCGACACGCACGCGUCGACAGAGUGUUGACAGAUUAAACUUAUGAAUUGGUCAUAUCAUUGAUAGAUUGGACUUUUAAAUUAUCUUAUAAACUUUAUUAGUUUAUAUUUAUAUUUAUAGGUAGAUUUAUUAAGACUAUUAUGAAUUUAUUAGUUUCUCGUUAGUAGGUAGAACAUUAGGACGGGGAGAAUGUUAUGAAUAUUUAAUGUAUGCUCUGAGCCAGAGUAUAAAGGUCAGCGUAUGACCCACAGAAUGUAAACAUUGUCUCGACCGCCAUAUUUGUAAAAUGUUAGGUACAAUUUUAAGUUGAAUAAAGCCUAUUAUAACGGCAUCUUUCGUAGUUUUCUCACAACACUGUAUUACUAAGCAUGCAUAAUGUUGUUGUUUUUUUAGUUUUGACAAUAUAAGUUAUUAAAAAUUAAAAGAAAAUUCAGUGCGAGUAACAAAUGCACUUAACUAGGUUUUUUUUGCAAGAAAGACACGAAAAUUGUUCAAGAUGGUCAACCUCAUGAUUAAGGUUAGGGAAAAACCUCUUAACAUUAUGCUUAUACGCAGACGGGGAGUAAUCGUUAAACACUUUCAGGUCAUUUGGUAAAAAAUUGAAAAGUAAAACACCACUGUAUGAGAGUUUGGUCUUGGAAAGAUUAGAUUUGACAGAUGGUAUUUUGAGAUCAGUAACAGAGAAGCGAGUAUGUACAUCGUGCGAUGCCCCAGAGAAACAAAACAACUCGCGCAGAUCACUAGGAGAUGAGCUGCGCAAGGUGCUUACAACGAGUAAACUUUUUCGCAUCUUAAUUAAGUUGUAGAUGGGAAUCCAUUCCAGUUUGCGGAACAGAUCAACAGAAGGAGUUGACAUGCUCUCGUUCAAAGCCAAUGUAUGAAUAGCCGUGGUCGUCACGUUGCCGGCCACAUCGUAAGUCUCUAUUAAACUCCCGAUGAAGAACCUUCGCUUUUGUAUUUUUCAGGUAGUUGCAUCCCUAUAUCAAGCUUCCUCAUGUUUAUAUAUUGUUUGAUUUUGCUAUGAAUGGCCGUUUUUAUACUAGUGACGCAUUAUGCGUCUGGACGAACUUGGGCAACCAUUUGUUGUUCGUCUGGUUAUGCGUCCUCAGUAUAAAGACGGGCACAAGGCGCAUUAUGCCUGUAGACGAACUACAGUAUGUUCGAUUCUUCGUCUUAUGAGACGCACAACCGAUGAUAGUUCGUCUAGACGCAUAAUGCGUCUUGUGCCCGUCUUUAUACUGAGGACGCAUAACCAGACGAACAAUAUUACUAUUAUUAUUAUUAUUAUUAUUAUUAUUAUUAUUAUUAUUAUUAUUAUUAUUAUUACUCAUUUAUAUAGCGCCAUUUCCUGUAGCUCAAUGGCGCUUAACAUUAAGUGUUAAAAAUAUAUACUAUAUAUAAGUACAUGCAUAAUACUAAGGUUGGUAAUACAUACAUUAACUAUACUAAAAGUACUAUAUGUUCUUUUCAUUAUGAAUAUAAAAUUACUUUAUGCUAUAAAUGUUGACAAUAUUAAAAAACUAUAUAAAAUACUAUAAAAUUGGUAAUACUUGUUAAAAUAGUACUUAGUCAUAACACUGUUUAAAAAGAUGUGUCUUUAAUCUAGUUUUAAAAAUAGGCAAGGUCUCACUCUUUCUAACAUGUUCUGGUAGUUCGUUCCACAGUUUCGGUGCCGCAUAUGAGAACGAUCGUUCACCAUAGUUAACCAAUUUUACUGAGGGUAUUGUGAGCAGUCCCUUGGAUGAAGAGCGUAAAUUUGCUGAUGGUGUGUAAGGUUUUAGCAUAUUGUUAAUGUAAUGUGGAGCAGCACCAUUCAGGGAUUUAUAUGUAAUAAGAACAACUUUAUAGAUGAUGCGUUGACUAAUGGGGAGCCAAUGUAAUUGUUUCAUUAAUGGAGUAACAUGGUCGUAUUUUCUGCUUCCUGUCACCAGACGAGCAGCACAGUUUUGCACAUUCUGUAACCGAUCUAUAAGAAAUUUAGGUAGUCCGUAUAGCAAAGAGUUGCAAUUAUCCAGUUUCGAUGUAAUAAAGGCAUGAACUAGGGUUUGGAUAUCUGAUUUUGAUAAGUACUCUUUUAUUCUUGCUAUUUUUCUCAAAUGGAAAAAACAGUUCUUGCAGAUGUUGGUAAUAUGUUUAUCCAUGGACAUGUGUUGAUCGAAGGUUACACCGAUGUUUCGUGCUGAAGUACUUGGUUGAACUAUUGACUUAGAUAUUUCCAUAUGGUGUACAGCAGGGCAUAAACGAUUUCGUGCAUUGAUUACUAGUAACUCAGUCUUGUCCCCAUUCAAUUUUAAUUUAUUUUUGACCAUCCACAAAUCAAUCUCCUUCACACACAUUUCAAUUUGUACCAGUGCUCCCGCUUUUUCUUCAGUGGUUGACUCAAAAGCGAGAUAUAAUUGCGAGUCAUCUGCGUAAAAGUCAAGACCAUGACCUCUAAUGAUAUCACCAAGGGGUGAAGUGUAUAGUAAAUAUAAUAUAGGUCCGAGAACUGAUCCUUGUGGGACUCCACAGCUCAAGUCUUUAGAGAUAGAUUUAACACCAUCAAUUACUACACUUUGCGUUCUAUUUUGAAGAUAGGACUGAAACCAUUUCCAUACUUGUCCAUCUAUCCCAAAUCGUUUGAACAUUCUUUGUAAUAAAAUUUCGUGAUCAACAGUAUCGAAUGCUGCUGACAUAUCUAGUAGUAACAACACAACACACUUAUGAUUAUCAAUAGCCACAAGAAUAUCGUUUUGCACUUUUAAUAGGCCUGUUUCCACGCUAUGAAAACGUUUAUAUGCCGACUGGAAAGGUUCUUCUAGGUUGUUAUUAGCCAAAUGUUCCAGAAGCUGACCGGCGGCGGCCUUCUCAAUUACUUUAGACAGGAGUUUUAAAUUUGAAAUAGGUCUAAAAUUUGUGUAUUCUUCGUAUUCCAACGAAUCUUUCUUUAGUUUUGGUUUCAACACGGCUUCUUUUAGUUUUCCAGGCAUACAACCUGACUGAAGUGACUCAUUACUGAUCUUAGUAAUUAUAGGUAAGAGAGUCUUCUGACAACUUUGAAAGAUUUUUGCGGGAACUGGAUCAAGUUCACAAGAUUUUUUUCCAACUAUAUCAAUAAAUGCUGAUAGUUCGUCGGAUUAUUCGUCCCGCCUUUAUAUUAGACGAAUAAUAUACAGUGUGUCCCAAAAGAAGAAAUAUAGAAAUUUAUCCUAUUGUUGUUAAGCACAGGAUUUUAUGCGACUGGUAAUUAAAAAUUCAAUUCAAUUGUGUAAACGCGCUCUUGUGCUCAGCAUAGUGCUCAGGCAUUCAAAUUAUAACAAUUGUCAAUAGGAUAAUUUCUAGAGAGGGUACUUUUUUGGGGACACACUGUAGAAGACGGAUUAUGCGUCCAGACGCAUAAUGCGUCUCUAGUAUAAAAAAGAUCAUUAUCUUUGUUUCAUAUGGUUUAUUUGAUUUUUGUGACUCCCUCCGUAGUUUUCUUAUAAAAGGCAACUUUUAGAAUUAAGAAUUAGAUCCUUCGGUGAGGUAAAUCCGAGACUUUAAAGACCGUUGAGAUGGACACACGACACAAACGUUGUCGUCUAAGGUGGAUAUAUGACACGAGAUUUAUAUAAAUAAUUAUAAAAGUGGCAAGGCAACCUUUCAGCUAAGGUGGAUAUAUGACACAAGAACAAUAUAAAGAAUUAUGAAAGCGACAAGGUAACCUUUUUAAAACUGUGACAUUGUAAGGUUUACACGUCAGAUGAGUGAAACCCUAUACUUCCCCCCAACAGGACCCUCUCAUGACCUGGAGGUUCACUGGCAUAUUUUGUAGGUGAUGGUUCAACGUGCUUUGGCAGCCAAGAGUGUUGUACACGCGAAAGGCGGAACAAUAUUUGCUGGAUUUCUCAAGAUAUUGCCCAUGUUUAUUAUGGUCUUCCCUGGGAUGAUCAGCCGAGUUUUAUAUAAAGAUGAUGUCGCAUGUCGUGAUGCUGAGAGCUGCGAGAGAGCGUGUGGAAAUAAGUUAGGAUGUUCAAACUUAGCUUAUCCAAGGUAAUUAUGGUGAUGAUGAUGAAGAUGGUGCUGGUGAUGAUGAGGAUGGUGGUAGUGAUAAUGAGGAUGGUGGUAGUGAUGAUGAGGAUGGUGAUGAUGGUGGUGAUGAUGAUUAUGAUGGUGAUAAUGAUUAUGAUGGUGAUAAUGAUGGUGAUGAUGGUGGUGUAGUGAUGCUGUUGGUGGUACGGUGAUGAUGGUGAUGGUGAUAAUGAUGAUGGUGGUCUUUUAGUUAAAGAUUAUGUUGCAUGUUCUGUUGCUGAGAGUUAUAGCAGAGCGCAAGAAACUAAGUUUGGAUGUUCGAACUUAUCCAAGAUAACUAAUUAUGGUAGUAGUGGUGACCAUGGUAGUGGUGAUGACGAAAAAGGUAAUGGUUAUGUUGAUAGUGGUGGUGAUUAUGGGGAAGGUGAUGGGGAGGAUGAUGGUGGUGAAGAUGGUGCUGCUGAUGAUGAUGUUAUAUAACGAUAGAAUUGUGCGUCCUAUGUUGACAGCUUGACAUAGCAUGGGGAAAUAAAUCAGGAUGUUCAAACUUAGCUUCUUGUCGUCGUCGUCGUCGUCGUCGUCGUCGUCGUCGUCGUCGUCGUCGUCGUCGUUGUUGUUAAUGAUGAUGGUGAUGAUGAUGAUGCAAACAUGUGCUGAUGAUAAACAUUCAAACUCUGUUUAUCAUAGGUAAUACUAAACCAUUUAUCCGG